AUGGACAGAUCUCAAGAACUUUAUGCCAAUGGUGACCAGAACUUAGAAGCAAACCUAAUAGAUCAUGAGGCAACUGAAUCACCAUCAUCAAUACCUCAAACGAGAAACUAUAAAAGGUGGCUUCGUGUCUCCAUUUAUGUCUUCUUUGUCCUCUCCUGCCAACCACUUGCUACAAUUCUUGGUAGACUCUACUAUGAAAAUGGUGGAGAAAGCACCUAUGUGGUAACACUUCUCCAAAUCAUUGGCUUCCCUGUUCUCAUUCUCUACCGCUUCUUUUCACAAAUCAGACAGCCAAAAUCAACAGAUACAGAUUUCAAUCAGUCUCCUUCCUUCACCACACUUGCAUUAGUUUACAUAUCCACUGGACUGCUAAUAUCUGUUUACGCUUAUCUCUCUGCAAUUGGUUUACUCUACUUACCUGUUUCUACUUUCUCACUCAUCUUGGCUUCACAAUUAGCCUUCACUGCCUUCUUCUCAUACUUCCUUAACUCGCAAAAGUUCACACCUUUCAUAGUCAAUUCUCUGUUCCUACUUACUGUCUCCUCUGCUCUCCUUGUGGUCAACACUGAGUCUCAAGACACAACACAUGUCUCUAGAGUACAGUAUGUGAUCGGGUUUAUAUGCACCAUUGGUGCUUCCGCUGUGAUUGGACUGUUGCUAUCUCUGAUACAACUUCUAUUCAGAGAAGUUUUCAAGAAGCAUACAUCCUCAGCAGUCAUGGACUUGGCUAUUUACCAGUCUCUAGUUGCGAGCUGUGUUGUUCUCAUAGGACUUUUCGCCAGUGGAGAGUGGAGAACUCUGCCAAGUGAGAUGAGAAACUACAAACUGGGGCAAGUGUCAUAUGUUGUAACUUUGGCCUCUGCAGCUAUUUCUUGGCAAGUCUAUACAGUUGGUCUUGUGGGAUUGAUUUUUGAGUCGUCUUCUGUCUUCUCCAAUUCCAUAACUGCUGUGGGAUUGCCUAUAGUACCAGUCGUAGCUGUGAUAGUUUUUCAUGAUCAAAUGGAAGCAUCAAAGAUCUUCUCCAUCAUUUUAGCAAUCUGGGGCUUCCUCUCAUUUGUCUAUCAGCACUACCUCGAUGAAAAGAACUUGAAGAAUUGCCACACAAACCCUGUUGAAGAAGAUACACAAACAAACAUACAAAGUUAA